UGGUCUGCCUUACCUUCCGGUUACGUGGCUGACUGUAGAAAUCCUCAUCCUGUGCGAUUCUUUUGCCGUGCCUUGAGAAAGCUACAUUCGGCCGCAUACAGGAUUGUGCCGCUUUUGAAAUCCUUGCAGCGAGCAACAUAAACAUAUAUGAAUGGACUUUAACUCGGGCUUUAAGCUGCGACCACUGUACUUAUCGCUUGGUGGUGGUGGUGGAAAAAAAAAUAGCUGUGCGGCCGCUGUCUGCGGAGUGUGAUGAAGAAUUUCACGAGCCGAGAGCGCUCUCGCACCGCGCGUGGUGCACGCGAACCAUGAAGAGGCUCCGGCAAGAGAAAGGGGCAAGGCUCAAGAAGAAGUCCCAGUCUCUGGACGCGACCAUGCAGGCCUUCACCAACCCCGCCGUGCUGAACCCAGCAGGCCGCUCUGGCUCCCCACCGGCCCGCCUACCCUCCACCUCGUCAGCUAGCGGCAGCGUGGCACCCCCGGUUCCUAGCGCCGCCAAGCCCAGGCAGGGCUCUGCCGCGGAGGAGGAGCAGAACAACACGGCCAACUCGCAGAAGCGCUCCUUCCGCAGAGCCGAGCUGCGUCGCUUCUACACCAUCGACACAGGCCAGAAGAAGUCAGGCGAGCGAAAAGAAAGAAGAAUGUCCUUCCAGAAGCCCAAAGGCACGAUGGAGUACACGGCAGGUGCCCAGGAUACGCUGAACAGCAUUGCUCUCAAAUUCGACACCACUCCUAAUGAGCUGGUACAACUCAACAAACUUUUUUCACGCAUGAUAGUUCCAGGACAGAUGCUGUACACUCCAGACCCAGACUAUAUGUCCAGCGAUGGGAGUUCCCCAUCUGCGAGUCCUGUCAGCCCGCUGUCUCCUACGUCUUCAGAGGCCGAGUUUGAGAAACUGCAGGACACGGAGCCAGCGACGCAGCGGCCGUCGGAGAGGCCCGCGCCCGCAACGUCAUCGCCCAAUCCUGCCCGGUCGGCUCGCGUUGUCUCGUCCACGUCGGAGGAGGAGGAAGCGCUGAGCGAGCGCUUCCUCAAGAUCAACUGCAAGUACAUCACCAACGGAAAGGGAGUGGUGGGAGGGGUGCUUCUGGUCACACCAAACAACAUCAUGUUUGAUCCUCACAAGCUUGACCCCCUGGUGGUAGCAAACGGCUGUGAGGAGUAUGGAAUUAUUUGUCCAAUGGAUGAGGUGAUAUCUGCAGCCAUGUACCACGAUAUCGUCAACACCAAGAUAAAGGAUGUCACUCCGAUGCCUGAAGAGUGGAUGAACUUGGCAUUGGGGAAGAAGACGAGCAGCAUCAGACCACACGGCGAGGAGCGGGAGUCCCGGCUCGUGGAGGCGGGCAACGACAGCGCAAGCACCGCACCAAAAAGCACCGAGGAGUCUCUCUCGGAAGAGGUGUUCACGGAAUCGGAGUUGUCUCCCAUUCGGGAGGAGGUCGCCUCUUCGGAUGAACUCGAGCAGUCAUCGAGGUCAGCCGAGGGCCUUGCCAACAACAGUGGUUCUGACAAGACGCUCACGGCUUCAGAGCCGCCGGAGCUGUGUGCGGGUUCUGCUCAGGACGAAGCUCGGACCACGGGCGACAGCGGUUUCGUCACCGGUCAUUCGCAGGAUGCCGGUGAUGCAUCUCUAGGGGGCCGUGAUCUGAACAGCACCGAGAGCCAAGGCUCCUCCAGUGAUACCACGACACAGACCACCUGCCACGAGGUCUCUAUUGAAGCGGACGGAGACGGAUCGAAGUCCUGCGAUCAUUUGGACGGCAGCGAGAAAGCCAAAGACGAGCGGGCGUCCGCUGAACCAGAGACGGGCGCCGAAGCCCCGGCAGAAUCUGAACCAAACGCUUCAGUCGAAAAAGAGCCUGAGAAAGUUAACGAAGGUGCCAAGGGAGUUGUAGGGCAGACAGAAGAACUCGAGGAGCUAAGAAAGAUGUGGAAGUCGCACACAUUGCAGCAUACGCGAGAGCAGAGAGAUAACAUACAGCAUGCAGAUGUCUUCUCCAGUGAAAAACGGGUGAAGAAGGCAGUCAUGUUCCUGUGCUUGAGAGUGGGCAAGCCCAUGAUGAAGACAUUCGUUACGCAUGCACAGGCCAGCAUGCAGCAGUAUGCCCAGAAGGAUACUGAACCAGAAUAUUGGUUUGCCGUGCCACAGGAAAGGGCGGAUCACCUCUUCGCCUUCUUCGUGCAGUGGAGCCCCGAGGUGUACGGCAUGGAGGGGAGCGAGCCCGGCAAAGAGCCCGGCUUCGUGGUGGUGGAGAAGAGUGAGGAGUCCGACAUGAUCGACGACGUCUAUGACGAGGCCUCUGGGAAGGAAUGGGAGGUUGUUUCUGUCAGUGAGUACCAUCGCAGAAUUGAUGAACUUAAUUCGGGAGAACUCCGUAACCUCUGCAAACGUCUGAAGAUCGUGACUGCAGAUGAAGCAAAGAGGCAGCAUGGCCCAAUGGCUUCGACCAUUGAUCUAGGGCCAGAGGCAUGGAAACCAGUCCUCAACAGCUCCAGCUCCAUACUGGAACAGGAUCACAUAAAUAAGCUGGCAGCAAACCUUCCCCCUCGCACGGUGGGAUACCCAUGGACGCUCGCCUAUAGCACAUCCAAGCAUGGAAUGAGCCUUAAAACCCUCUACCGCACCAUGGUUGGUCUGGACUCUCCCAUGUUGCUUGUGAUUAAAGACACUGACCGGCAGAUUUUUGGAGCGCUUUCAUCUGAUCCCUUCAAAGUGAGCGAUCAUUUCUAUGGCACAGGGGAGACCUUCCUGUUUACCUUCAACCCAGAGUAUCAGUGCUACAAAUGGACUGGAGACAACCUAUUCUUCAUUAAAGGAGAUAUGGACUCGCUGGCAAUCGGCGGUGGAAGUGGACAAUUUGGCUUGUGGUUGGAUGAAGACCUGUAUCAUGGACGGAGCCACUUCUGUAAAACCUUUAAUAAUGAAACGCUAUCGAAGAAAGAAGACUUCUUCAUCCAGGAGGUUGAAGUUUGGCUGUUUGAAUAGUGGAUCACUACGGGGCUGUCCAGGCUGUUUAAUCCGAUCUCCUUGUGGCUUCUUUGCAAUACCUGUUGAUGUUGUAUAGAUAACUUGCAAUGUCAAUACUAUUUGAUCACGGUGGAGCUUUGGGUGCCGCUGUAUUUUGACUCAUCAUAUACGAAAACAGCUUCAGUGGUAGACGUGAAAGUUAUGCAUAAUAGGAAACCACACAAUCCAACGUGUAAACAGCAGUGGAGCAACACAAUUGGCCUUUUAACAUCAGCAUGAGCAUAGAGUAAAAGAUAUACCGAUUUGAUUCGGUGCACCGUACAUUGUGUUGUGUGCUUAUAAUGUGGCACAAUUCUCUGUCGUUUCCUCAGAUUAUGCGAUUAGGUUAUCGUCACCCAUCACAGCUGUUUAUGUAGCUGUUCAGACUGUAUAAUGAGGGUUGAAAUAAUGAGUUGUAUAACUUUGAAUAUUUAACGUUGCUUUGGUGUCAGUAGUCACUAGCUCAUUAUGGUGUUAUGCCCUGUAGGUUUGAAAGAUGCGAUUGAAUUUUUGUCAACACUUUUUCAAACAGUCAAGGUUAUGCCACUGAGCUUUACGUGGGAGAGAUGUGAAAUGCAACAACAUCAGUUACGGCUUAACCCAACAGAAACAUACAUGAACACAAUUUGCAUUAUAACAACAUUGUAUGUACUUGGUACUGCCAAUUAAAUAAAUUUGAGCAAAUACAUGAUUACGUGUUAAUAAAUAAUAAUAGCAAAGUAAUAAAUGUUGUUGCUAUUUGCACACGUUUAUACUUAACCCCAACCAAUGCUUAGCAAUGCUAAGGUGAUCCUACAAUGCAGUGUAUAUUGUACACAUAAUGGUGUGCAUUAUAUUGUAUAUUGUGUUGCUUGGUCUGCCAGUUAAUUGAGUCUGUGUCUAUAACGUCCGUGGUAAACCAGUAGAGUUAUACAGUUGUACUCCGGAUUCUCUCAAGCUUUCAGAUGGCGCUAGCAUAUAAACACAGUGACAUCCUGAAUCCGUAAGAUGGUGUGUGAAUCCAAUAUAUGUGCUGGUGACUAUGUUAUAUGCAAGAGCAUUUAUUUCAUUCCGGCAUGCAGUAAGUGCAAUCGAGUGCAUUGUACAACAUAGCAGAGCAACCUCCCCGGAAAAUCAAGCACGUCUCAAAAACAAUGGCAAAAGGAUGGUAUCUGAGAAGCUGCAAGGACGUAAGUAGAAUGCAAUGCUAUUUUAAAUGCUUGCCAAGCAGGCGUGUGUUGCUGUGAUGGUUAAUGGAUAGCUAAGUGCAUAAGGAUUUUUUUGAAAAUGAUGUGUAAGUCGGCUAGUGUUGUGAUCGCAUCGCAACAACUGCCUGUCAUUUGCAAUACCAGAGGUUAAGAGAGGGGGCAUUUUGGGUAGUGCUGCAAAUCGUCCUGCAAAAGUAUCUUGUGCGUGUUCGUAAUUUCAGUGGGAAAAAGAUUAUUUCAAUAAGCAACGAUGGUCUCACAACAGUACCUUAACUCUCCAUUGUCGUGUCUGACUCACCGAGGCAUGCUACACUAUACUGUAGCUGUAUAACCCACUCCUGUAAUGUCCUAGAGCCAUAUGUAUCUGUAGCACAAUAACUUUCGAUUUUAAGCUUUCGUGACUGCAGGGAUUCAUCUUCUUGGUUCUUUCGGUAAAGUCACGUAGAAGGGAAGUA